ACCGCCGCCGCCGCCAGCGAUCUCGGCUGUUUGGGAUUUGGAGGAAUUAAAACCAGAACUCCGAUUUGGGGGAUUAUUAUUGUUGUUAUUGUUGCUACUACCGGUCCCCCGCCUUUCCUCUACUUUUAAAUGGUCAAUGAAAACAAGAGGAUGUACAUUCCAGAAGAAAACCACCAAGGUUCCAACUAUGUGAGUCCGCGUCCGGCUCUUGCCAACAUGAAUGCCAAUGCAGCAACAGGGCUGGCACCUGAGCAUAUCCCUACUCCGGGUGCAGCCCUCUCCUGGCAGGCUGCUAUCGAUGCUGCCAGGCAGGCGAAGUUGAUGGGUACUGCUGGCAACGCAACCAUAUCCACCGUUAGCUCCACACAGAGGAAACGGCAACAGUAUGGGAAACAGAAAAAACAGGGUACCACGACCGCUACACGUCCUCCCCGGGCACUGCUGUGUUUAACAUUGAAAAAUCCCAUCCGGAGGGCAUGUAUCAGUAUUGUUGAAUGGAAACCAUUUGAAAUUAUUAUUUUACUGACUAUUUUUGCCAAUUGUGUGGCCUUAGCUAUCUAUAUCCCCUUUCCAGAAGACGAUUCCAAUGCCACCAAUUCCAAUCUGGUAAGUCUUGGUUUAUGCUUUAUGACUUUGGCAGAAAAAUGAUCCUAUUCGGAACACA